ACCUCAUGGUUCCCUUUCCGUGGAAGAGCUGAACGACGGCUUCUUUAAAGGGACCACCGUUUCCCCUCUCUCUGCUGCUUCAUUCUUCAAUCAGGGUUGCGUCACUCACAGGAUUCCUACACCUACACACACCCACACCUACACAAAUCAGAAGUCUUAAUCGGACGCCUUCCUCCAACAUCCUCAACCCCCACUACCGCAACCAUCACCACAUCCAAAACCACCACCACUACUCCAUCAUGUCCAACAUUGCUUCUGAGCCCGAGUUCGAGCAGGCCUACAAUGAGCUCGCCUCCACCCUCGAGUCUUCCAAGCUUUUCCAGGUCUCGCCUGAGCUGAAGGCCUGCCUCCCCGUCGUCUCCAUCCCGGAGCGCGUGAUCCAGUUCCGUGUCGUCUGGGAGACCGACAAGGGCGAGAUGCGUGUCAACCGCGGUUUCCGUGUCCAGUUCAACUCCGCUCUCGGUCCCUACAAGGGUGGUCUCCGUUUCCACCCCACCGUCAACCUGUCGAUUCUCAAGUUCCUCGGUUUCGAGCAGAUCUUCAAGAACGCCUUGACUGGAUUGAACAUGGGAGGUGGCAAGGGAGGAUCCGACUUCGACCCCAAGGGCAAGUCCGACAACGAGAUCCGCCGCUUCUGCUACGCCUUCAUGCGCGAGCUGUCCAAGCACAUCGGCCAGUUCACCGACGUCCCCGCGGGUGACAUUGGUGUCGGCGGCCGCGAGGUCGGCUACAUGUUCGGUGCCUACAAGGCCUACCGCAACCAGUUCGAAGGUGUCAUCACCGGCAAGGGAGGAAGCUGGGGAGGAUCCCUCAUCCGUCCCGAGGCCACCGGUUUCGGACUCGUGUACUAUGUCGCCCACAUGAUCUCGUACGCCUCCGGCGGCAAGGAAUCCUUCGCCGGCAAGCUCGUCGCCAUCUCCGGUUCCGGCAACGUCGCCCAGUACGCCGCCCUCAAGGUCAUCGAGCUCGGAGGAAAGGUCAUCUCCCUUUCCGACUCUAAGGGUGCCCUGAUCGCCACCGGAGAGGACGGCUUCACCGAGGCCGACGUCGAGCUCAUCGCCAAGGUCAAGCUCGAGCGCGGCUACCUGACCGGCCUCUACGAGGCCGAGGACUCCAACCUCAAGUCCCGCUUCCGUUACAUUCCUGGUGCGCGCCCCUGGACCAACGUUGAGAAGGUCGACGUUGUUCUCCCCUGCGCCACCCAGAACGAGGUCAACGAGGAGGAGGCCAAGGCCGUCAUCGCCGCCGGCGCGCGCUUCAUCGCCGAGGGCUCGAACAUGGGUUCUACCCAGGGCGCCAUCGACGUGUACGAGGCCGACCGCAAGGAGAGGAAGACCGAGGGUCUCUGGUACGGUCCUGCUAAGGCCGCCAACUGCGGAGGAGUCGCCGUCUCCGGACUCGAGAUGGCGCAGAACUCGCAGCGCGUGUCGUGGACCUCCGAGCACGUCGACAAGGAGCUCGCCGGCAUCAUGGAGCGCUGCUUCUGGAACUGCCUCAACACCGCCAAGGAGUACUACGACAUCGCCGAGGGAGAGCUUCCGUCGCUCGUCGCUGGUGCCAACAUCGCCGGAUACAUCAAGGUCGCCCGCGCCAUGCACGACCACGGUGACUGGUGGAACUAAACGCUCCGCUGAGCUGAGCUGAGCCAUGCUCCCUUUCCGACUGUAUAUAUAACCUUUUCCUUUUCAUAAUCAGCUCUUUUGUCUCCGGGUUUCAAUGAUUUCUCUUUUUCCCCUUUUUUCUUUGUGUGUUUGUUUUGUGUGUUUUUCUUUUGGUCUUGCGUGCGGGGGUCUGGGAAUAACUGUUGGUUCGGGUGUCGGGGUUUACUACUGGGUGUUUUCUUUUGUGCGAUUGAGUAAAGAAGUCUGCACGAUUACGAUUACGAUACGAUUGGUCGAUGAUGCUGUUGAUUGAUUGAUGAUCGAUGAUCGACGAGACGAGAUGGAUGGGAUGGAAUGGGUUGGAACAUAAAAAAUGUACUCUACAAUUUCUUUUUUCUUCGAAGAAGAUGAAGAACAAAUUAUUUCAUGAUCUUUUUGAAAAUACUGCCUACAUAUGAUACUUACUCAAUAUCGUGAGUC